AUGCUGCCGUGGCUAUUUUCUUCAUGUUUGCGAUUGUCUGGAUUGGGUAUGCUUUCGCAGCACUAGCCCGCCAGCUUCUGCUAUAUGACCCCAACUUCGUCUGGCCGCAGGCUCUCAUGCAGACUACGUUGUUCGAAACGUUCCGGAAACAGGAUGUCUCAUCCCCCCUCGCGCGGCGGCAGAUGAAGAUUUUCUUCCUCUGCUUUCUGGGAAUGACGCUGUGGCAGUUCUUGCCCGAAUACGUCUUUCCGUUCACAUCUUCCCUCGCCUUCUUGUGCUGGGUCGCACCGCAUAACGCCGUGGCCAACUUCCUGGGCUCUGGGUUGGGAGGCAUGGGUCUGCUGAACCUGUCUCUCGACUGGUCCAACAUCAAUUGGAAUGGCUCGUCGAUCCUCCUUACCCCAUGGUGGACGCAGGUCGUUUUGUUCCUGGCCUUCGUCUUCAAUUGUUGGGUCCUACUUCCAGCUGCGAAAUGGGGGAACUUGGGGUCUUACAAGCACGGUCUCAUGUCGAAUUCUCUGCUGACCGUGAACGGAACGACCUACCCUACCCUUGAGGUGGUCACCUCCGACUAUCAGCUGAAUGAGACCGCCUACGCGGAAUACGGUGACAUGUACAUGGGUCUUCAAAACCUCUGGGCGACCUUCUUUGACUAUGCGAAAGUGACCGCAGCCAUUACGUGGAUUUUGACCUUUGGCUUCGUCCAGAUCCGAGAUAAUUUGAUGAAAGUUAUUCGGUCCCGGCGGAAGGCGUCGCAGGAGAAGGGACAAAGCAUCAACCACCAGUAUCACGAUCGGCUCAAUGUUCUCCAGCGAACAUACAAGGAGAUCCCGCUCUGGUGGUACGUCGCGCUUUUCAUGGCUGGCUUUGUGGCUCUAAUCGUGACGAUUGCCUGUGGCUAUCUGUGGAUCCCAAUCUGGACAUUGUUUGUGGCGCUGGCGAGCGCCGCUGUGCUGGUGGUCCCAUUUGGCUUCCUGUAUGCCAUUUCGAACUAUCAAUUGGCAGUGGGAUCCUUCAAUGAGCUGGUGUAUGGCUACAUGGUCGAAACUCCUGCUGGAAAAAGCCAUCGGCACCCUUGUGGGCCGUCCACCUACGGAUCGAUUGCCGGCGAUGCCUGGUACCGAGCACAGUAUAUGUUGCAGGACCAGAAGAUCGGUCACUACAUGCAUAUCCCGCCACGCACGGUCUUUUUCUCUCAGAUAUUUGGCACUGUCCUCGGUAUCCCAGUGAACUACGCCGUGAUCCGAUGGGUACUCAAUACCAAAGGAGACUACCUGUCGGGCAAGAAGACGGAUCCAUUGAACCAAUGGUCUGGUCAGUCCUUGAAGUCCUCGAAUACUCUGGGUGUCCAGUAUGCAGUUCUCGGACCAAGCCGACUGUUCAAAGAGCAGGAGAUGAAACCUCUACCCUGGGCGUUUCUGGUGGGCGCGGUGCUGCCCCCGAUCCUGUACAUUAUGCAUCGCACUCUACCGCGCUGGUUACGCAUUGACCUAUGGAACGUUAGCAUUUUCUUCUCCGGCUUGGCGGUCUUCUACGGUAAUAUCAGCACGGGAUACACAUCGGCGAUCAUCGGUGGGUAUGUUGUUAUGUACUGGGCCUACCGGUAUCGGUUCGAGGUCUGGAAACGCUACAGCUACAUGGUGGCCGCUGCUUUCGAUGCGGGUUUCAACCUGAAUAUGCUGUUGAUCUUCCUCUUCUUUGGCUCGGGCAAGCAAAUUUCCAUGCCAAAUUGGUGGGGCAAUAACUCUGACUCGGUGGAGCGGUGCUUUGCAUUGGAUUGAUUCAUUGCGCUCUACCAUUAAAAGCGCCCUUCUAUGCGGCUUCUAGCGUUUAGGCCACCUUCAACUGACGAGGGUGGCUUUUCUUGUAUCUAAUAUGUACAUGAAAGGGGUCGAUGAAUUGGUCUAGACCGAUCUCUCAACCUUAUGAUAGACGAAAUGCAGUAAUGAUAUCCCCUCUUUGGUUUUUGGUUUAUGGUAAUGACUCUGCUUGUUCGACCUACUUUCCCUUGGG